UUCCCCAUAAUUGAUUGAUUAUGAUCUUGAAAUCCCAUAUUUCGUUGAGCCUUUUCAAUUCUUCCUUUUGAUUUUAAUUUCCAUUUCUCUCAUAAAGUUGAAGGGAUCGGGAUCGCUAAAAUACUUUCUCCGAUCUCUUUCAGCUCAUCCUCAUUGUCUCUCGGAUUCGACCAAUUCUCCUAAAUUCCUGUUCAAUUCGUCCCAUUUCGAUGUUUCUAGGGUUUACCCUUUGAAUGUUAGUUCAAUUUUCAAAAUCCCUCUUUGUUUGUGCAAAUUCUGGAUUUGCAGCUUCGUCUAUUCAGGUUUUUUCUUACGAAGAUUGGGAUCUUUCCGUUCUUUAUCUCAAUUUUCUCAGCAGCCAAACUGACGCUCAAGAUUUCUUGAAGGGUCUUUUGCGAAGAUGAUUAGUCUGUAAUCUUCGGCGUUAUUUUUCAAACCGGGCUGGCAAUUAGACACAAUGCGUCUGUUUCCGGUGAGAUCUAGCCCGGAUUUUACCGAGGACAAGGAUCAGGGCGGCAGUGCUUUGCUAUACCUUAAUGUCUAUGAUCUUACUCCUAUAAAUAACUAUCUCUAUUGGUUUGGGCUCGGAAUUUUUCAUUCGGGUAUUGAGGUUCAUGGUAUGGAGUAUGGCUUUGGAGCACAUGAAUAUCCUACAAGUGGGGUUUUCGAGGUAGAGCCAAAAAGUUGCCCUGGAUUUAUUUUCAGAAGGUCAGUGUUAUUGGGAAGCACUGAUUUGUCUCGUGCAGAAUUUCGAUCAUUCAUGGAGCACCUUUCUUCAGAGUACCACGGUGACACAUAUCAUUUGAUUGCCAAAAAUUGCAACCAUUUUACAGAAGAAGUUAGCAUGCGACUAACUGGGAAGCCCAUUCCUGGAUGGGUGAAUAGACUUGCCCGAUUAGGUUCAUUCUGCAAUUGUCUUCUUCCAGAAAGCAUUCAGAUUUCAGCAGUGAGACACCUUCCAGAUCAUCCAGCAUAUUCUGAUGACGACGAUGGGUCGGAAUCUCUUGCAUCUUCUACAUCAGCUAGGAGCGAAGAGGAGUCAGAUCAUCAUUUACUGAUGAGUCCCAAUGGCGAUGUAGCAUUUUUAAAAGAGAAAUCAGUGAAGCUAGCUAGAGAACCUGUUUAAUUCAUAUGUUCUUUGGUUUCAACUUCUUUGCCUUAAAUCAAUUUAUUGUUUGUAUUUGUGAAAUGUAGUAUUGAAUGUAUCAUUUGAUCAGGCCAAAAUACUUGAGAUCCUAACAUUUUAAGUGAUAUGAUGAUAAUAGCUUAGAGAUCUAUGCUGUGAGUAUCAUUUGGAAAAUGUUAAGGUGAAAAAAUAUAGCACCAAAGUUAUUGAAACUGUUAUCAUAUAUGUAAAAUAUCUGCAGAUUUCAGCACCAA